UGAUAUUAUGACUUGACUGAUGUUUCUUGUUUGUCUUGUCACUUUUUCUAAAAUACGUAAUUUUUGGGAAGACCUUUGUUGCUAUCAAUUGAUGUUAUUGCAAGUGCAUCUAAAAAAUGGUUGAUCCAAUAUUCGAUUAUCAAUUUAGGCUUAUUCUUAUUGGAGACAGCACAGUUGGAAAAAGUUCUUUGUUGAAAUAUUUUACAGAUGGGAAAUUCGCUGAGCUAUCUGACCCUACGGUCGGUGUGGAUUUCUUCGCAAGGAUCAUAGAAGUGCAAGAUGGGACGAGAAUUAAGCUGCAGUUAUGGGACACGGCUGGUCAAGAGAGGUUUAGAUCUAUAACAAAGUCGUACUAUAGGAACUCGGUUGGUGCGUUACUAGUGUAUGAUGUGUGUAAUAGAUCUAGUUUUGAGCAUAUACCUCUGUGGAUGAUGGAGGCGAAGAGACACAUAGAGCCUCACCGGCCAGUGUUUGCACUGGUGGGCUGUAAGGUGGACCUGGUGGGCACAGAUAACAAAAACGGUGCGAGACGGGAAGUCACUUGUGAGGAAGCUCGUAUGUUUGCAGAAGAGAAUGGUCUACAUCAUGUAGAAACAUCAGCUAAAACAGGUCUGAACGUAGAAGAAGCAUUUGUUCUAGUCGCUCAAGAAGUAUACAACCGCAUUCAAACCGGAGAAUACAAAGUAGAGGACGGAUGGGAUGGAAUCAAGACUGGUUUCAACCGUCCCAACGGCAUGGACUUCAACCUUCUUGAAGCUGAAACGGUACAGUCCACAUGUUGCUAGGAAAAGACGAAAGUGUAUAUAUUUGACUCACAAUAGUUUAGUAAAUAUACAAUGAGUAAGCAUAAUUUUAUAUAUAUUGUGUAGAUAUGGUGUGGCGACUGCUGUAUAAACAUUUUGGUUUAAUUUAUAUUUUGAAACCUUAAGUUAUACAUAUUCAAUUUCAUUUAUUGAUGGUCUUAGCUGAGUUCUAUUUCAAAAGAGUUUUUAUAUGGAAAAUAUAAAUAUUUUCCUAUACCAUAGACUUUGGUAUUCCAUAAUUGAAUUUGAAAUGUGUUAUAACAUUUUUUUUUUGUUCAUUAUAGUUUUCUUUUUAAGAAAGGCCAUCAUUCAUAGGUUCUAUUUAAUCUUGAAGUAACUACUUUUUAAAAUGUGGUAUAGUUAAUUGUAAUGUUACUAACUGAGAUAAAAUUAUGGCAUCUUUAAACAAAAUACUAACACUAUUAUAAAAAAACUAGAGUACUAUUAGAAGUCAUAAAAAAUUAAGUACAGAUCAGAAAACUGCUUUCAAAUUUUAUUUUUUAUGCCGUUUUAAUCCAGGCUGGUUAAUUUUGCUACUAUGUCUAUUCAAUAUAAAUUAUACAUAUUUGUAGGUAUAUUCGUAAACAAUAAAUACACAAAAGUAGCAGUACAUAACUAAAGUUUUGGUGUAUUUUCUAUAGAUACAUAGAUUACAUCAUAUUUAUUAUCUAACUGCAAUACUAUUUUACUAUAUAUAACAAUACUACCUAGAAUUAUUAUAACAGUUUACACCACAUAUUCAAUAUAAUUAUUUAAUCUUCUACAUUACAAACUUGUAGUAUACCAUAAACAACAUUUUAAAAAUUCCUAUUCCUAUAUAUGUGUAUAAGGAACAUUUGGUGAACUGUCAUACAUUAAAAUAAUACAAUAUCAUGUGUGUACUACUACAACACUUUGCUCAAAAGAUAACAAAAUAAAUUUAACAUUUGUACUACAAAAUGUAUCAUUUGCAUUUUAAUUAUGCAUGUAAACAGGUUUUGUUUGUAACCGUCGAGGAAUUUAAUUUAUUUUGAUUCACUUCACAAAGCUAUAAAUAUUCAGAUCACAACAAAAGUGAGAGUAUUUGCAAGCACUAGACAGAAAGUUUUAUAACCUAGUUUGAAAAUGUAAUAAAAAAUCUAGACUCGUUUUGGGUACUUGGCAAUACAAUGUCUUUCAAAAAUACCUAUCUAUAUUUAUAUUAUGUUGAGAAAUCCAUUUAUUUACACUUUAAAAUGAACUUAUAACUGAUGAAUUGUUUAGUCUAUGUAAAUAUUGUAAAAAAAAAUAUAUGCCCAUAAAGUAUAUUUAAGAUCCAAAUGCCACAAAUUUGUUCAAUGCCAGGGUUGGUAAUAUGUAUUGCUUUGCUAUUUACAUACUUGUUUAAAAUUACCUUGAACGUAGCAGAGGUAAUCUAUUCAAGCAUUUUAGGAACCUGAUUGAUUGUAUUAGCAAAAUAGACCGCGGAAAUCGAUAGUUGUCAAUGUCCAUUGGUGGACAAUGUAUGAGAAAUGAGUCAUCUGCACACAAGGGAUUCAAUUUGGUGUAUCAACAAUCGUUCCCCUAUAUCUUAUUUUCUUGCCUUCCUUUGAAAAUGUUUAUACUUCCUAUCCUUUUCUGGUAUAAAGACAAAUAGUCAUAGUCGCAUGAAAAAACAUGUCAUUUACAUUAUUAUAAAACCCUAGUUUUCCAUUUAUGCAUACAAUAAAAGCAAUUUCCGAUAUCGAUAUAUCAACCCUGGGAACUUAAACGUCGGCUCUAAUAGAAAGGAUGGUACAACAGAAGAUUAUCUUGAUCUCAUAACACCUUUACUGCCUACCACUAAUACUAUUUGCCUUGUAAAUGGCUUACAUAAUGUACCAGUUGACGCCGUGGCAUCUGGACCGCUUUAUACAUUACGCGUGUAAAUUGAUUAUUGAACCAAAGAAUUCGAAAAUGAUCCCUACGAUUUUGUUUCUUUCAAACUGUAUAGAAUAAUGUUAAUCGUUUCAUUAACCUCUACUAACUAUAAGUUAAAGAAUAUUGUACCUGCAACACCAUAUUAUGUAAUCGUUAGUUAACAUUUGUAAUUUAAGAAUCGACCAUUGUCGUUGGUUACAUGUUUUUUUGCUAAAGUUACACUGUGUAGAGGCAAAGGGACUAGUUUAAUUGGAGAUAAUGAAAUUAGCAUGUAGAAUACUUUUUUCUACAUAAAUGUAAUAACCACAUUAUAGCAAGUCGUAAUAUUAGGCCCCAAAACCUUGUCACGCAAGUUUAACACUUAUGUUCAUUGAAAUAAGAAUAAAUAAAUGUUGGCAAAAACUUGCAAAUCUAAAUAAAUGUGCCGUCCAUUAGUACGGACAAUUGUAACACAUUAUUCAUCUUAGAAGGCAUACAAAUGCAUUGAAAUGUGAUGUAAAACCUAGACUCUAGUCUAGCCCGUAAGAUGUAGGUAUUACCUAUAAUGUUGAAACAUUAGCUCACAUUUACCAAUGUACUAAUCUUUCCAAUUGAACGUGAUGGUUAUAAAGUAAGUUCUGAAUUAUAAAUUAUGAUAAUGUUAAUGUUAGAGUUUGUACGCCUAGAUUUAUUGGAAUGAUGGAAUAUGUAAAAGGAUACCGGAUAUCUGGAAACCUGUAAUAUUAAAAUGAACCGUUUUGCGCGGCACAAACACUUCCCAGCGCUUUUCUUAGCAAUGCAAUAUUUUUUUUACUGUUCAAUUAGUAAACUUUUAGUAAAAUUAUACUUAUGUUUUUUUUUUCUGAAUUUGGCACUGGUAUGCGUAAUACGGUUUGAGGGAAACCUACAUGUUGUAAUACGUUUAGAACACGAUUUAUGUAAUUUGAAUAAUUUUAAGGUCAUCGCAUAAGACUAAAAGAUAACAAGAUUAAAAAAAAAAUACAUAAUGUAGGCGAUUGACAAUAUUUUUAGUAUUGUCGUAACGAAAUUGUACUUUUGGACGAAUGAUUUAAAAAUGUUAUUUUUUAAUCUUAUGGUAACAGUUUGUUUUAUUGGAGUAGCUUAUAAUACGCUGUUAUAAUAAUGCUUUAUAUGAAGUAAAGUUUUUGUUAAUUA